AUGCUGCUCGUUCUAUCACCUUCGCUGCGCUCCACCUGCUCCGCGCUCUCGGCCCUCUCACUGUAUGGCUACGGCUCUGAGCGUUGCUGGUACAUCAUGUGGCGGAGCCAGGUCGGGCUGCACGUCACGGAGGUACAGGACGACGGGCUGUUCUCUCUGCUGCACUUCGUGCCCGAUGACCUGACGACAGACACCAAGGCGCACCCGAGCUCGGCGGCACGAACAUGCAGGACCCCGAUGUGGCGCACGGUCGACGAUGUGAUGCUGGGCGAGCACAUCGCCUGGCUGGUCGAGGUGGGCUUCCUUCCAGCACUCAAACGCUCAAGGCUAACUUACGCGCUACAAAGCGCCAAUUGA